AUGACACGGAAGGUGGAAAAUGGGGGCGUGGCGGCCAAUGGAUUCGGAGGUGAUCGUGUACCCAACCUCACGCCGCACCGUGAGGUUGAAGUCACUGUGUAUGACAAACUGCUCAACGAGGUGCGUGCAUUCCGCUGUGAUCAACAGCUAUUGGAGAAGUCGAUGGUGUACUUUGUGCCCAUUAUACGGCGCUACCUCGAGGAAGAGGCUGAGGAGGAACGAAGGAGGCGGCCUUGUGCGGAUGGCGAAAGGAGUGGUGAUAUGACUGGUGCCUCUUCUCCCGCUACAACGAAAAUGACGAGUAGCGGCGGGACGGAGGCGUCCGUGGACAGGGCUGGGACGAGUGAUGGGAAGGGGUAUGACGAUGUGGGGCACUCCUCGCGACGGAGGUGGACAAGUCCGCCACCUCCUAUCCCCCUCCGCGUAAACUGCGACCUGAGUAUCUUUUCCUGGUUGAUGUCGUAUGUGGAAGGGAAAAGGCGUCCAUUCACGCCAGAGAACGUCGUGUCGAUUGCCUUGUCCUCAAACUUUCUACUAAUGACGCAACUCGUCGAUUUACCCCUUCAAUACAUCAAGGAAAACCUUGUGCAGGUGAUGCUCUCUGGAGUCAGCAUGGAAUGCUUGACAGGGGAACUUUUGGCGCGGCUUUGUAGUAUGCUUUCGGAGGGCGAUCUCGCACGGGCCUUUUUAAAAUUUUUUGAGUGGCGGGCCGAGUACUCUGCAAAUAGGCGCUUUUUGACGGCACUGCUUCGUCAUGUUGUUUGCGACCGUCUUGGAGAACGACGGGCAAGUGGCUUGCACUGGUGUCAAUACUGUGGGGUUCUAUUUGACCAACAUGAGCUCCAGCGUCUGGAGCGGAGUGCCAAAAACGUGAAGCCGGCAUUCUGUCCGCGGCUCCGAGAGAACUCGAUUGGCACCCGUGGUGAGAUUCUCGCAACCCAUGUGGCUUCAAAGUGCCCUGCCGACCUUGCAUUCCCUUCAAUUUCCUGGAGUGAUGAGCACGUGGAACGUUGGGCGUGGCGUAUUAUUGGGGCACUGUACUUUUUUGUGUGUCGACGGUGCAAACAUUUUGUGCCGCUCAUAGAGACCAUGAGCCACGGGUGUUCUGGAGGAUUGGCAAAUUUUUCCUGCGUCGAGGGUGGCAACCGCUCCGACGCCGACGCACUUCUUGCUUGGUACGCCGUUUCUAGGGAACUUUACGCGGGUGGUUUGACCCCUAUGCACUCUCACCAGAGAGAUGUACAAAGUGAAGUGCUCCUGACGCUCGCCCCCUCGGGGGAGUGGACCUGCGAUGACGGGAGCGACCCCGCCGUGCCGGGGCUGUGGUGCACGCACCCCAUCGCCGUGGAGAGGUCCGUCAGCACGAAGGGAAUCGUGAACCUCGACACGCAGAACGGUGUCGAGCGAUGGCUGGUGCUGGAGCUGCAGCAAAUGAUGGAAGAGUUUAGUGGAGGGGGGGAACCCAACGUCUACGGUGGCGAUGCGCAGACGCCACCACUGCCACCACCAGCGCUAGUUACCGGCCUUGCCUGGCAACCACCGACCAAGCCGGGCGACCGGGGCAUAGAAUACAUGGCAGCAACAACUGCAUCCAAGCGCUCAUCGUAUCGUGACAAUAGGGGCGAGGGUCGUGGUGGGUUAACUUCUGGAAAUGACGCUGUGUCUAGGCGGAAGGAUGUGGCAUGCAAUAACAGCAUACAGCGUGCGAACGCUACAACUGGUGGUGCACAGCUGGCCUACGACCCAAACAAGGCAUUGGUCAGCUCUCCUUUGAGCACCUUUCGCAUAAAGUCGGCACAAACCUCGAGGCUAUCUUUGCGAAAUCUAAAGGCGACUGAUUCCUCGUUUAGAAAAAACAGCCUCCUUAACCCACAGAAUUGCCGAUGA